AUGCAAGAAGCGGCUCGUCGAUUCUUCGCUACCCCCAGCUUCGCCGUUGUGGGCGCCACUCAGGAUGCUUCCAAAUUCGGUUAUCGGAUUCUGGCUUGGUAUCACGUGCACUCUUUGCCGGUCACCCCUAUCAAUCCCAGUCGUCAGUCCAUCAGCUUGCAAUCCACAUCAUAUCCUACGAUUCCCUCGGUAGGAGAUCUGCCUAAGGCCUCUGAAACCGCGUUAUCAUUCCUGACACCACCACCAACAACGCGGAAAGUCCUUGAGGAAGCGAAGCAGGCUGGCGUCAAGGCUGUGUGGUUGCAGCCGGGAAGCUUCGAUGACUCGUCUUUGAAGUGGGCCAGGGAGAAUUUUGAGAGCGCUGUUGGCGGCUUCGAAGACGGCACAGUCGGCGGUGAGGGGUGGUGUGUCUUGGUUGACGGAGAGAACGCCCUGAAUGCAGCCAGCAGAACAUGGAGACGACAAAAGCUAUAA